AUGGCAGUCAACGAUAUCAAUCGCAAUCAACUUAUUCCUGGUGUAUAUAUUACUUUGAUACAAAAGGAUUCUUACCCUGAUAGUGAUGCUAAGGAACAAAAUUCAGUCACUUCUGCAGUAUAUUCAUCUGUGACUUUAAUGCAAAAUGGGGUUAUUGGUGUCAUUGGAGAUGUAUCUAGUUCCUGGACAAGUCUAAGCGCUCUCAUGUCAAGUACUUUACAAAUUCCACAAUGUUCUUUUGCUUCCAAAACGAUUGCCUUAUCUGACAAAACACAAUAUAAAUACUUCUUUCGUACCAUUCCUACUCAAGUUAUUUUUGCUGAUCCUAUGUUAUCAUUUGCUGCUUUACAAGGCUGGUCUAAAAUUGGCAUUAUUUAUUCUGAUUCGGCUUUGGGACAACAAUUUUUUCAACGUGCACUUAUUCAAGCCAGUUCUCAAGGAUUAGAAAUCGUACAAUCACAUUCCUUUGAUCCUGCCAUCGAUGUGGAUGAUAUGACUUAUGCAUUACAGAAUGUUACACAAGGCGAUACUCGAGUGAUUAUUGUAGCAGCCACUGAUGAUACACAAACUUCUCUGAUGCUUCAAGCAGCUUCCUUGGGUUAUAUGACAAAUGAUUAUACCUGGUUACUAUUAGGAGUGAGCGAUACUCGACUACAACAGGAUGUUCUGAAAUAUAAUCAUAACCACUCUUCUUCUACUCCUCUGGAUUAUAAUUCUACUUACAAUGGUCUCUUUAUGUUUGACAGCUGGCUAUCUCUCAAUGGAUAUGCUCCUUUUGAUGCCUUUUUACAACAAUGGGCUUCACUAGAUCCAAACACACUAGCUUAUUCAUGUAUGAUGGUGAUGGCCAAUGGAUUUCGACAAACAUUAUCUACACAAAAGGAUCAAUCAACAGGUUUAAAGUUAUUGGCUACAGGUGAAUUGGGAGAAACAAUGUUACCUCCUGCUUUUAAUGUUGGAUAUGUUGGACCGAAUGGACCCAUGAUAUACGAUUCUAAUGGCGAUCUCUCUAUUGGGUAA